AUGUGUCCACCCGCUGACCGUCCGGAUCGGAUCACAUCGCUCGGAAAAUUCGAUAAAAAGCGUCCGUACGUCGCGCGGCGCAGCGGCGCGGCGGCAGACCGCGGUGGGUGGUCACAAUGGAGUGAAUGGUCGCUCUGCUCGAGGACAUGUGACGGUGGCGUGUCGCGACAACUGCGCACUUGUUCAUCGCCGGCCGGCUGCCGGGGCGAGCCGGUCCGGUACAAGAUCUGUAACAUGCAAGGAAAGAAAAUUACUGAGUAUUACAAUCAAUUUUCUGGCUACUGUACAAAUAGUGAGUUAACAGCUCUGGCUGAACAUCGUAACAGGCGCAAUCAAACUGUCUCCGCCGCUGUCGCGACUCCAGCGUAA